CCGCUAGGGGGGGGACAUUACUGGUAAGCAGUCAACCCACCGAGCCAUAUAAACGUGGUAGAGCAAGACUGCAUGGAGACACAUGUAUGUUGUUAGAGAGCGUCAGUCAGUAAACUAAGUUACUUUCUUUAAAAAGGACCAGCCGGCUUUUAAACAUGCUUCCCGCGGCGUCCAUUUUCUCCUGUGCUUUCCUCACAUGCGCGUUGGCGAGACAUUUCUACGCGGGGGAAAAGUCGUUCGCCGGGAGGCCGCCGAGGGAUUUGAGCGGUGAUGAGGAGCGACGCGGCGGGCAAAAGUCGGCUUUGAAUGGACACCCAUGCCCAACUUUCCCCGGAGUCCAGUCAGCGCUGCUCAAUAACACCCACACUUUCAACUUCAAAGUACGGACCAUGGGCUCCCUGUCACUUGCCUGGGUGGGAGAUGAAUCCGGGGUGCUGCUGGUCUUGACCACGUUCCAAGUGCCUUUGUUCAUGAUGCGCUUCGGACAGUCCAACCUCUACAGGAGUGAAGACUUUGGGAAGACAUUCACUGACGUGACCCACCUGAUCAACCACACCUUCAUCCAGACCGAGUUUGGCAUCGCCGUCAGCCCAGACCACUCUGGCAAAGUGAUCCUGACAGGCGAUGUGUCGGACAUUGGGGGAUUCCGACUGUUUCGCUCGCAGGACUUUGGUCGGACGUUCACGUCGUACGAACUGCCCUUUGAGCCUUUAAUUCAGAUGCUGUACAACCCGGGAGACUCCAACAUACUUCUGACGCUCAGUAUCAAGUUGGACUUGUGGCUGUCUGAGGAUAUUGGCGCCACCUGGCGGAAGAUCCAUGACAGCGUUUGCCUUGUCAGAUGGGGCGCCAAGAACAGCAUCUACUUCACAACAAACUACAACGGAUCAUGCAAUCACAAAGGAAUGUUGGAGUUGAGGAAAACAACGGACUACGGUCGAAGCUUCCAGACAAUCGCAACGAGAGUUUACUCUUUCGUACUUGGGGGGAAAUUCAUUUUCGCUUCCAUCAUGACCGGAAAGGGCACAGAGCGCAUGAUCCAUGUGUCAUCGGAUGGAGGAACGAUAUGGAACAUUGCUCAGCUUCCUGCCGUCAACCACGAUCAGUUCUAUUCAAUCCUGGCGUUCAAUGAAGACAUGGUAUUCAUGCACGUGGACGACCCUGAAGACUCUGGGAUUGGAACAAUAUAUGUGUCUGAUGACAGAGGAGCCGUGUUCUCCAAGUCUCUGGAGCGCCACCUCUUCACCACAACAGGAAGCGACACUGACUUCACCGCCAUUACUUCACUCAGGGGCGUUUACAUGACCAGUGUACUCGCAGAGGACGGAGCUGUGGAGACGGUGAUCACGUUCGACCAGGGAGCGCGAUGGCAAAGACUACGUCGACCCCAAAACAGCCAAUGUGACACGGAGACCUCCACUAACAGGCCGAACAAAUGCAGACUUCACAUCCAUGCCACAUACAGCACAGCCAUGAAGAUGAACGUCCCCAUGCUGCCUCUCUCACAGACCAAUGCCGUGGGCCUCAUUCUUGCUCACGGCAGCAUCGGGGACGCUGAGUCGACCGUCAUGCCUGACGUGUACGUGUCCGACGAUGGCGGCUACUCGUGGUGGCUGUCCCUCCGGGGCCCUCACCACUAUGCUGUGCUGGACUCAGGGGCCCUGCUCGUGGCUGUGGAGCACACCAACUUGGCUGUCAAUCAAAUCAAGUUUUCCACGGAUGAAGGCCGGUGCUGGCACACUUACAACUUCACCAACGACCGCUUCCACUUCAGCGGCAUGGACAGCGAGCCGGGCUCCCGCUCCAUGAACGUCAGCCUGUGGGGCUACAGGAACGACUUCACCAAAUGGGUGGUAAUCACCAUCGACUUCAGGAAGCUCCUCGCCCGAGAUUCAGGCGACGACGAGGACUACGUGCCCUGGUUGGCUCACUCUGCCGACCCCGGCAGAUCGGACGACGGCUGCGUGUUGGGCUUCAAGGAGACCCUCUUACGCUUGAGGAAAGACUCUGCCUGCUGGAAUGGGAGGGACUUUGCUGUUAGCAAGCACCUGUCACCUUGUCCUUGCACACUGGAUGACUAUCACUGUGACUUUGGAUACUACCGACCUCACAACAGCUCGGAGUGCGUGGAGCAGGAGGAGAUGAAGGGCCUACCUCUGGAGUUUUGUCUCAAUGGCACUACCGAAGAGCUGCAGACCAGCGGUUACCGGAAGAUUCCAGGAGACAAAUGCGAAUUUGGCUUCCAGCCCGUCAGAAAGGAGACAGAUCUGAGAAGAAGGUGCACCAGCAAUGCCCUGUAUCCAAUUUCUCUGACUGAAAGCUCCUCGCCAAGCGCUGCAAUCAUAUCCGUGGUUGUCCUCGCCAUGCUGCUGGCCAGUGCCGUGGUGGGAGUUUGGCUGGUCAAGAAAUACGUAUGCGGAGGACGGUUCCUUGUGCACCGCUACUCUGUCAUGAGGGAACAUGUUGAAGGCAACAAGAUAGAAGGAGUCGACGACGUGGAUGCCCAGUACAUGGAAACAGGAGCAGCGCAGUACACUGAGGAUUCAGAUCAGGACCUCUUGGAAUAGCUAGGGCCAUGUCGACUUCUCUCCAGUCCUUUCCACUCUUGCUUGUCCCCAACAUGCUGAUUAACUUCUGCCUUUCAAGUCUCGCUGUCCCCCUGGUGGCUGGAGGACGCAACAGCAGCAGCAGCACAGUUCCUACUGUUGGAGGUUCUCACCAAGAGACCGAGCGAUGGAACAGGGGGGCAAGCGCAGAACACAAGAAAGGGCUCUGAGGUCCCUGCAGAUCUCUGUCAGGAUAUCAAAUUGUGCUUCCUCGCAAAGACGUUUGGUAACGCACGUUUUUUUUUUUAGCUUCCAAUGUUCGGGAAUAAAAAGUAGUAAAAUACUAGAAUUUCAGUCAAAGUCCGAAAUCUAUAUUAUUUUACUCUCUAAAUUUAAAACGUGCAAAAGCCAUUUACAUAAAUUUUAUAGUUUCAUCUAUCACCUCAACUGUUUUUUGUUUUGUUUUUGUUUUUUAUAGAAACAAGCACUUUCCUUUUGUACUAACUUCUGUAAGCAAUAGCAGCUCCUUCCAAUAUCUUUGCCAAGCCCACAAAAUAAUCAUUUUUCAUUUCUGACUGUAGUUUAUUCGCCUUUUUUGGAAAGAUUUGCAUGGGAGGAUGCACUUUAGAUGUCUAACCUUUUUUUGGUACUCACACCCGUACUUUCUUAACAAUAAAAUCAGAAAACGUGAAGCGAUAGAACAAAAUUAGUCCAGUUUUGUCCUUGACUCAAACAUGCAGUCUGGAACAAAACAGAAAAAGGCCAAAAAGCAGCACCUUACAUUCAUACGCGCAGUCUUGUAAGUGACUGCUGUUUUUAAAAAGAACCAUGGCUUUUAAAGGCACAGCGAAUAAAACAAUAAACCAGUGAAUGCAAAUAAGGGAAUCAAAUCCACAAUCCUUUGACGUUACAGAUAUUUUUCACUCCCCACUUUGUGAAGUGAAACCAAAAGACUUGAAUUGCCAAAGCACUUUUAUUCUUGAGUUGUCUAAUCUUCGGGACGAAUCCACCGUAGCCCAGCGAUGAACAAAUAUAAAGGUAUUGGUAACUCGAAAAAACUUUACUUGAACUUUAUCAUGUAUCUGCUCGGUAGAAAUCACCAGUUUAUUGUUCCGUGUUUUCUUUGGAAUAUUCCCCCUCUCCAGGCGACUAAUACGUUAGCAUCGGGAUAUGAGGUUGCAGGUACAACAGCUGUUGUAACUGUUUGGUUACUACAAUAUAUUCCAUUUCGACCCAGCAAAUAAGCUAUGUACUGUAGAGCUGGCCUACUAUAGAGUGGUAUUCUCAAGGACGUCUCUUUAUAUCCACGACUGGCAAUACUCAACUAUUUACUGGCGUUUUUGAUCCGUUUUUGCACUAUGUCUACACAUCUGUGAAAAAGAAAACAAUCUGCAUUCUUGCCACAAACAUGUAUCGUGCUGACUGACGCCCUUCGUGUUGACUUUGCUGUAUUAAACCCAGAGAGGAAGAGCAUCGGAUUGAAAAUAUCUUCUAGCAGUUUGCUCUGUAUUUUGUAAUACUAUAAAUGUAGUGAUGUUUUUAUUCCAAAUAGUGAAUAUUCCAUUAUUUCAAUGGUCAUAUUCAUGCUCUGCGAUAAUAAAAGUUUUUUUUUAAAGACAA